AUGAACUUCAACGCCAAAGAAAAAAUUGCCGUGGUAACCGGGAGCAGCAGGGGGCUUGGAUACGUUUUCGCUGAAGCCCUCAUCAUUGGCGGCGCAAAACGGGUUUACAUCAAUUCUAGAAGCAAAGACGCUUGCGACAAAGCAGUCAGCUCCUUGUCGGAAUUCUGUGAAACCCAUGGGAAAUCAACAAAUAUUGUGGCCAUCCCAUCAAAUCUCAAUAAUGGUGCAGGGGUACGGAAGUUGGUGGAUGGAGUCCUCGCAAAUGGCGAUUCUAAAAUUGAUAUUCUUAUCGCCAACGCUGGCGCUUCUUGGGGAGCCUCUUUCGAAUCCCACCCUGAAGAGGCUCUUUCGAAAGUCAUUGAUUUGAAUCUCAAAGGGGUGUUUUUAACAAUUCAACAAUUUGCUCCGUUAUUAUCAAAGCCGCAAGGUGUCGAUCCUUCUAGAAUCCUUAUCAAUGCAUCGAUUACUGGACUAUAUUCCUCGAAAAAUGGUAAUGUGUACGGAUAUACUGCUUCAAAGGCAGCAAUUAUUCAUUUGGGAAAAACAUUGGCUCUUCAAUUGCCAGAAAGAUAUAAUGUUAAUGUCAACACCGUUUGUCCUGGAUUUUUCCCAAGCAGAAUGAGUAAUGGAGUUCUCUCAAAGUUUGGCAAGGACUAUAUUAAAGAAAAUCCGCGUAACAGAAUGGGUGAUGCAAGACAAGAUUUGAUUCCUUUGAUUUUAUUUUUGUGUGACGAAAAGACUAACUAUUUGAAUGGUAUGGUGUUAAGUGUCGAUGGUGGAUAUCAUCUCAAUGGGCCAAAUUUAUAA